AUGUAGUGGGUGCGAAUUAAACGAACAUGUUCACAAAAAACCCGCAGUCCGACCACAGCUGCUGUCUGUGAAGGUAUGGCCUCACAAGUUACGGUCUGCCCACCACAUGUUUAUCAACCCCAGACAAGUGCCUUUUGCAGAGCGAAGAAAAUCGAUCCCAGCAGCUGUGUUUACCAUGAGAAGAUCCCUCGCACUUACGUGGUCGGUGUGAAUCUAGGCAUUGCGCACCCUACCGAUAUUAUACCUUUAUUGAGAAUCGAAGCUUUGACUAGCGAGAAACAGACUGAUACAGCUCCACAGGAGCUCCUCGGAAGGGCUUCCUCGCCACACAAACGUGUGGCAUUGGAGGGCGACCUUCAGUAUUUCUCCAGAGCGGCCGCGGCAGUUGAAGAAGAAAGUGGAGACAGUGGCCAAAACAGCCAAAGUAGUAGUAGAAGCAGUGGCGGUGCUCCAGAAGGGCCGGAGCGAAUCGAGAGGAACGGUGGUUUGAAUUCGUUUGACAGAACCCAAAGAUGUGGGUUUAAAUGCAAAGGGGAGGAGCUUGAGAACGGCAAGAGCAUCAUGCAGAUAGUAGAGGAGCAUUCGACUCUACCUGCCAUGUUGCAAACAAAUGUUGGGAGUUCGACCGCAGUAGGCGUGGCCCCACCUGAGCAGAACGCAACCAGGACGGGAGCCGUGAGCGGGACAGGCGACGGCGACUAUCAGUUGGUCCAACAUGAAGUGCUGUGCUCCAUGAAGCACACCUACGAAGUGUUGGAGUUCUUGGGACGUGGUACGUUCGGUCAGGUGGUCAAAUGUUGGAAGCGAGGCACCAAUGAGAUUGUGGCGGUGAAGAUACUGAAGAACCACCCGUCGUACGCCCGCCAGGGCCAGGUCGAGGUGAGCAUCCUGGCCCGACUGAGCGGGGAGAACGCCGAGGAGCACAACCUGGUGAGGGCUUUCGAGUGCUUCCAGCACAGAAGCCACACCUGUCUGGUGUUCGAGAUGCUGGAGCAGAACCUGUACGACUUCCUCAAGCAGAACAAGUUCAGUCCAUUGCCGCUGAAGGUGAUUAGGCCCGUUCUGCAACAGGUGGCCAUGGCGCUGAAGAAGCUCAAGAGCUUGGGCCUGAUUCAUGCCGAUCUUAAACCGGAGAACAUUAUGCUGGUAGAUCCCGUGAGGCAGCCCUUCCGUGUAAAAGUGAUUGACUUUGGCUCUGCCAGCCACGUCUCCAAAGCUGUGUGUUCGACGUACCUGCAGUCUCGCUACUACAGGGCUCCAGAGAUCAUCCUGGGCUUACCCUUCUGUGAGGCCAUAGACAUGUGGUCACUGGGCUGCGUCAUCGCUGAGCUCUUCUUGGGCUGGCCGCUUUAUCCAGGAGCGCUGGAGUAUGACCAGAUUCGUUACAUCUCUCAAACUCAAGGGUUUCCCGGAGAGCAGCUUCUGAACGUGGGGACGAAGACGGCCCGAUUUUUCUGCAAGGAGUCCGAUUCACCGUACGCCACCUGGAGACUGAAGACGACUGAAGAACAUGAGACAGAAACGGGACUGAAGUCCAAGGAGGCGAGGAAGUACAUUUUCAGCUGUCUAGAUGACAUUGGACAUGUGAAUCUAAUGCUCAACAUGGAGGGCUGUGACCAGUUGGCAGAGAAAGCUGACAGGAGAGAAUUUGUGGACCUGCUAAAGAUGAUGCUGAUGAUUGAUGCCGAUCAGAGAAUCGCCCCUUCAGAUGCACUUACCCACCCUUUUGUCACUAUGCAGCACCUGAUGGAUUUCCCCCAUUGCAACCAUGUCCAGUCUUGUUUCCACAUCAUGGACGUGUGUCACUUAAGAACCAGCAUGUACGAUACUCUCAACCGCAACAAAGCACCCCCACUUAUGAAGCCUGUGACGCUUCCAAGUGCUCCAAAUAUCACUGUCGCCUUCAACAAAAUGCCAUCUGUCCACUCUCAGACCCUGGCGCCGUCUGCUCCACCUGUGGUGCAUCCGGGAAUUCCCAUCCAGACAGGAAGCGCCCAGUUUGGGUGUAACGAGUCCUUUCAGCAGGCACUCAUUCUAUGCCCUCCUGCUCUUCAAGGACUCCCUUCAAACCCAAAUCAGCCAGCAGGAUAUUCGGUUAGAAUGGAGAACACUCUUCCUCUGGUGACCCAAGCCCCAGCUAUCCAGCCUUUACCCAUGAGACCAGGAGUUAUAGCACAACAGCCCUGGUCCAACAGAACUCCACAGAUCCUGGUGCCAGCUUGGCAGCAGGUCCCACCACCUGCUACGAGCUUGGCAUCCGAUACAGUUGUUGGACCGCAGAGACGAGGAGACUGGGGGAAAGUGCGACCACACAGCAGCCAUUACAGUUCGGUGAUGCCCCAGCCUAUUGUUCCCAACCAAAUGGCUGUGUCAGCCCAUCAGCCUAUAAACAUUGGCAUUGCUCAUGUGGUCUGGCCUCAGCCUGCAUCUAACAAGAGGAACAAACCCAGUCAGAACAGGAGUAUGAAUGUCUCGCACUACACGGACACACACCCCUCAGUGUGUCCGUCACCAAAGAUGGCGGACAGGUUGGCGAGUGCGGAGCCACAGCCGAGCUCUCCUGACAGAGAGGUGCAGACCCAGGUGAAACCGGAACCGGAGCAGGUGGAGGAGGGUUGCUGUAAGGUGGCGGUGGCCAAUCAGCAGCGAGAGUCUAUUAUUAUCAGAGAGUCGCCCAGCCCAACAGUAAGCGUCAUUAGCAUAAGCAGCGGCACAGAUGAAGAGGAACAAGCACAGAGGUGCUCCCUUAACAAGUGUAAGGGCAGUCCGGAGUGUGAGGCAUGCACAGGCUCUCUGAACAUGGAGCGAGUGUGUUCCCUCAGCAGUCCUGAUAGCAGCCUGAGCACCAGCUCCUCAGCCUCGGCACAAUCCAGCCCCUCGCCAUGCAAAAGACCCAGCAGUAUAUCGGAAGACGAUGGCCAUGAAAGUGGGUGUGAAACAGUAGAUGGCUCGCCCCCUUCAGACUCCUCCCUAGGGCCCCACGACAGCCCCUUCCCUGAAAGACGCUUCCUGACCAAUCAGAAUCAGGAACCCCAGGCCAGGCGUGGACACCCCAACACAGCGCUGAAUAAACCUGCGGUGAGGACCGUGGUGGUGCCGCCCAUGAGAGUGCUGAACAAUAACCAUCAUCCCAACAAUGUGCAGCACACAAUCGGCACAGUCUUAGAAUCCUCCUGCCAGUCCAGAGGUCGCUGCGGCCCAGGACGACUGAGCCACCUUUCCACACCCACACUGCCCCGCCAGCAGAAACUGAGCUCUUCAUUCCAGCCACAGCCGCCAGGCUUUGGCCAGGUCCAGCAUUACGGGUCGUGCCACAAGGAGUGGAACGGCAACUACCGGCAGCCACGCCGGCCACAGGCUUUCAUCCCGCCCACAGUACACGGCCCCACCUUCCCGCUUCCGCACGGCAGCCCCACACACUCGGCCGGUCACCCGCCACCUCCCGCCCUCCUCUCCUAUCCGCCUUCUGCACCCGUGGCCCACCUCUUGCCUUCGCCAUGCCAACCGCCGGCCCCUCGGCCCGUCUUGCAGCCCGCCUACAGCCUGGUGCACCACCAGGGCAUCAGCGUGGGCAUCAACCACAGGCUUCUGCCCUCCCCCACCCUGCUCCCGCAGGGCCAGUUCAAAGCCCUCUUUCCCCCGCACUCCUAUGUGGCGUCACCCGCCUACGCAGGCUUCCCCCUCAGCCCCAGCAAACUCAGUCAGUACCCAUACAUCUGA